AUGACCUACAGCCCGCAAGACUUCCAAGACGAGGUUUUCUCUUUCUCGCUCACAAACGACGCGCCCGCAUUGCAACACAGCCCUUGCUCAUACAGCUCUAUCGCAGACCAGGUAGCGGACGACGACUUUCUGAUAGAGUCGCCUGGGUUUGGCGCCAUGGCCAGCGGGGACGACGAGCUGUUUGCGCUCGACACCGAAUUGUCGAUGCUCCCCAGAUCCUACGCCGGUUUGCCCUCAGACGACAAGAAGUCCACACUACCGACGAUGCUGCCGAUUCCCGACGAAUUUGCCAACGCGGCUCAAGACAACUACAGACUAUGGCUUGCAGGCGUAUAG